ACAGUUUGUCCGUUGAUCUGUUAUUGUAAAGCAGCGUUUAAAAAGCGGAGUGAAUCGUUCAAUAAGGUAAAUUAAAUAAGAAUUAAAAUGCUGCAAAAUGAUGCAGUGCGCACAUUGCAAUACGACAGCGAAAUACGUGUGGCUCAAACAAGUACGGCCAACGAACCAAGAGUUUUUGAUGGACAAAUCAGCAUAACCUCUCAGCCGCGACCAACAACAGAUGCUCCUCGGAUACCUUUGCCCAUUUCAACAGUUGCUGGCAGUCGCACCUUUAUACCCCUGGCUGGCUAUGAUUGCCUCGCCGAUUUGCCGUCUGUGCACAUCGAGCAGACUUUUGAGUUGAACGAUUGUGAGUGCGAUGAGUUUAUCGUUGAUCUAUUGGCUAAUCUACUCAAAUUCUUUUUAGCUCUCACAGCUGUCUCGUCGGAGAAUCGUUAUGUAGUUCGCUCGCCCCUGGGUGAUGCCAUCUUCGCCGCCUCCGAGAGCUCCACGCAUAAUAAUCGUAUGAUAUGGGGCUCCGGACGACCCUUCCAGAUGCACUUGCUCGACAAGACACAUCAGGAGGCUUUGGUGUUCCGCAAGACGCUCGCACUGGGCGCCAUUUGCUGUCAGCCCAAGAACUUGGAGAUUUGGAUUCCGCCGGGCAACGUGCUGGGCCGUGUCGUGCAGUCGCCCACCUUUACGCAGCCCGAGUUCUACAUUGAGGAUGGCAAUACGCAUCAGCCAGUCUUUUGUGUCGAGGGACCCGCGAAUUCUGGCUUCUGCUGCUAUUGUUUGCCCAAGGAAUGCUAUUUUAAGAUUCAUUCUGGUGGUGAUCUGCGUGCUUCUAUAGACCACAAAUGGCUGGCCAGCAAAUCGCAAUAUACCACAAAUAUCUAUUUCAGCGAUCCAAAGCUAACGGCCAAGGAGCGUGCCUUAAUACUGGGCUCAGCAUUUAUGCUGGAAUACAUGUACUUUCAAAAGCGUUUUUAAUACUCACUUGGCUAUUGUUGCGGUCACUGCUCGAGUAACUGAAGU